GCCGGGGUGUCGGCCGCCGUUGUGGUCUGUGUGGUUGGUGGCAUCUGUGUAGUGUGUAGUGUGUAACACUUCUGUUGCUUUCUCCAGGAACACCGGUUUCUGUGCUCACAACAAACACCAGACAUCGCACCGCAGCGCACAAGAAAUGUUCAGAAGACCGUCGCAGAAAAACAUGUGCAGGACACAGCAGCAGCAGCAGCAGCAGCAGCAGCAACCACAGACACACAGCAGCGGUAAAUACGGCCGAAGUGAGGCCCAGCAGUCUGCUCCCAAGCCCAAGCGAACGUCAAGCAUACUCGGCAAGCUCAUGAGGAGAACGUCGUCGUCCGCCAACACCGUGGCGAAGAGCGUCGAAAUACCGAGCCAGCAGCCUCCACUGCUCCCGAUGCUUCCAGCUGAGCCAUCGUCUCCAGUCCUCUCCUCCAACUCGCAGUUCUCCUCCUAUUCGUCCUCGUCGUCCUUCUCCGAGCGCACGUCAUCCUUUGGCACGCUCCUCCCCCACGCACACGAGAAGCUCCCCUCCGACUGGGAGUUGCGCUACGACACCAUGCUUUGCCAGUUCUACUACGUCAACACCACAGAGAACAUCGUCCAGUUCGACUCGCCGCUCGAGGUCCUCACCCACUGAGGAGGUCCGUCUGCUCGGCCUCCACUCAUGCAUCCGUCUACACAUUCAAUCCUACGCCUUUUCUUUGCUUUUCUAAUAUUCUCCCACUUUUAUUCCCUCCUAAUGCCCCAUCCACGUUCUGUCAAUAUUAAUCAUAUAAUGAAAAUAUAAUAAUAAUAUAAUAAUCAUAUAG